AUGAAACGAAAUUCCAAAUUACGAAAACACCCUAUCAGUUUUGCAUUUUCAUUCAUGGAAUAGGACUAAGGUUGUAAGUCGAACUACGAAAGCUAAAGCUGGAGCUGAAGUAAUCUAAGAGCGUCAGUGACACUGUGUCACCUGCUUCUCUCGUUCCUUCAUUUUCCUCACCACCUGUGUGAAGACUCUGAACUUGAAGUUCACCAGAUCUGACUCAUACUCAUCUUUCUCUUCGAAAUAUAGGGUUCCUGUUUUUUGGAAUGAUUUCUAGGGGAUUCACACAUUCGAUCGAUCCGCAAUAGUGCAACAACCAUGGCGAAAGGAAGGUAUUCUCGAAUUCCGAACAGGAGAUCGUCUUCAUUUACGCUCCUCCUAGCUCUGCUUCUCAUGCUGUCUGUCGCUCUCUUGAUUCUUCUCGCGUUUGGAAUUUUUUCUAUUCCGGUCAAUAACGGUGAUUCCCCGAAAGCUAACGAUCUCAGUUCGGUACGCCUUCAGAAAUUCAUCAAGACUGGACUUGGGGAGAGAAGGGACCAAUGGACGGAAAUUCUCUCGUGGGAGCCAAGAGCCUUUAUUUAUCACAAUUUUCUGUCUAAGGAAGAAUGCGAGUACUUAAUUGAACUUGCAAAGCCUUAUAUGGAGAAGUCAACAGUUGUUGAUAGUGCCACUGGCCAGAGUAAGGAUAGCAGGGUACGCACCAGCUCUGGAACAUUUCUCAAGAGAGGGCGUGAUAAAAUCAUCGGAGACAUUGAAAAAAGGAUUGCAGACUUCACUUUCAUACCUGUAGAGCAUGGGGAAUGGCUGCAAAUUCUGCACUAUGAAGUUGGACAGAAAUAUGAGCCUCACUAUGAUUACUUUCUUGAUGAAUUUAAUACCAAGAAUGGGGGUCAGCGAGUAGCUACUGUUCUUAUGUAUCUCUCUGAAGUUGAAGAAGGUGGUGAGACAGUAUUUCCUGCUUCCAAAGCAAAUUUCAGUUCUGUCCCAUGGUGGAAUGAAUUAUCUGAAUGUGGAAAGGAAGGUCUCUCUGUUAAACCAAAGAUGGGUGAUGCAUUACUUUUCUGGAGCAUGAGGCCAGACGCUACUCUAGAUCCUUCUAGUCUGCAUGGUGGUUGCCCUGUGAUUAGAGGGAAUAAGUGGUCAUCGACGAAGUGGUUGCAUAUCAACGAGUACAAGGUCUAAGCUACUGUGUUAAGGUUAUGGGAUGAAUUUGCCUGGAUGUUCAUUGUUGUAGUGUAUGCAACGAAUGAUGACAGAAUUUUCAACCACAGCUCAUACCUUGUUGGGCUCUGAAAUCCAUGAUGUGCCCUAUGACUCAGGUGUCUUCAAUUUUGACAGACUACUGCAUCUUUGCUAACUUGCAUUCAGGUUGGUUGAUGCCAGCCCUACAUCCACCUAAAGAAUAAGAAUUGCUAUACUUCUUGUCUGGGGGAGUUGAUCUUCAUCAGAGAAUUUUUGGAAGACUUGGGGGCUGGGCUGCUGAUAAACAGUACUCUAAUACUGAACUGUAAAACCAGAUGAACUUUUAGAUGAAAUUAUAACAAUUUUUGAGAUUCUGAUUUGUAUCUUUUGGCUUCUUCUUUGUUAGCCUACCACUGAUUGAUUCCCUACCA